AUGGCUAGGAAUAACUGUGAGGCAGUUAAUGCUUUUCAGUCACAACAUAGGAACCAGUUCAACCCAUAUUCCAACACCUACAAUCCCGGGUUAAGACACCAUCCAAACCUUUCAAAUAGGAGUACUAAUGUGUUGAAUCCUCCGCCUCAACAACCAUAUCCGCCUCAACAACAGGGUCAACAAUAUCAACCUCCACAGCAAGCUCCACUUGGUUUUCAGAGAAAUCAAGCACCUCAACAACCUGCUCCUACUGCUGACCCAGCCAUGACAGAGUUGAAGAAUAUGAUGUUCCAGAUGCCGAAAGGAAUAGAUGUCAUUGAUGUGCUGGUUCAUGAUGACAUGCCUAAAUCCCUUCUGCGGGAUCCUUUGGAGGCUUUGCUUUGUUUUACAUCUUCCACAUGUGAUGAUAGUCUCCGGAAUACUGAAGUGGAUGCUAAGGAAGCAGCUUUUACUUGUGUAGAGCUUGACGGUAUUACCACUCACGAGGACGAACGGAUCAAGCAAGCACUAAUUAUUGCUCCUAUCAUUCGAUCCCCAGAUGGGACCCUUUCAUUUGAGAUUAUGUGUGACGCUAGCAAUUAUGCGGUGGGAGCUGUACUUGUACCUCCUAGACAAAAAGGAAGCAAAGCCUCGACUCAUUCGACCGACUUGGAGAUCAGAGAUAAAAAGGGUGCAGAAAAUGUAGUGGCUGAUCACUUGUCCAGAUUGCAGUACGAGGAUAUGGAAGAAGGUCUACCCAUUGAUGACUCCUUUCCUGAUGAUAAGCUCCUGGCAGUCACUUCCGUUACCCCAUGGCUUUGUGCUGACAUCAUCUACAGACUAAAGCUUUUUCUUGGUAAGCCGAAGUCUAGGUGGUCUGGUCCCUUUUCUGUGACUAAUACUAACAAAUUUGGUUCUAUUGAGGUGAUGAAUGCAACAGGUGAGAAGUUUAAAGUUAAUGGACAACGUUUGAAGUUGUACAAUACGGGAAUUCCUGUUGGGUCUGUGGAGGAGUUAUACCUUCAACCCCCAUCCCCUUCUGUUUGA